UCCAGGGGGCAUUUACAAUAAAAAUAAAACUUCAGAGCCCGCCCCAAACGGCUCUGUAAAUAUUUCAUCAAAUAAAAGGUCUGUAUUUUCAAUUUCAUACCCAGGAAAAAAAAAUACACAGAUAAAUAUAUAUCGUAUCAUUUUAUUUAUAUUAAAAAAAAUGGCGAAUAAGACUGUUUUUAUUGGCUUUGGCGCUGUGUUGUUGAUCGCCAUGGUGGUGUCUAUCGGGGUGCUUAUUAGCCGCAGCAGCGAGAAAAAAGAUGACUCUGAUUUAUCCACUUCAACAAAGGCUAUUAAGGCCGUUUGUGAGCCGACUACUUACAAAGAAACCUGUCAAAAGAGCCUCGAAAAAAAGGGUGGUGAAAAUGUGACCAACCCGAAAGACUUGAUCAAGAUGGAGUUUGAAGUGGCGAUUGAUGAGCUGAAGGCUGCUCUGGAUAACUCUUCUGCCUGGAAAGAGGCUAACAAGGAUCCAAUGGUGAAACAGGCUUUUCAUAAUUGUAGGGAACUUUUGCAUGAUGCCAUUGAUGAUCUGCACACCUCCUUUGGGGAAAUGAGCAAGGUUGAUGUUCGUAAAGCUGAUCAUUACAUUGAAAACGUGAAGGUCUUCCUCAGCGGUGCUGCGACUUUCCAGGAAAGUUGCUUGGAUCAAUUUGAAAAUGUGACGGGUGAUUUCGGAGAGAAGAUGAAAAAGCUGUUGAAUACUUCCAGGGAGCUUACAAGCAAUGGCCUGGCGAUGAUGCAUGAUUUCUCUGAGGUGCUCAAUUCAUUGCAUGUAGGGCAAAAAGAGAGACGACUUCUCUCUAAUGAUGAUUUUCCUGACUGGGUUAGCGCGGGUCGUCGGAGGCUCCUUGCUGGGCCUCCUCCAGCUGAUGUUGUUGUGGCUCAGGACGGCAGUGGCAAAGUCAAGACCAUCGCGGAAGCUCUCGCUCUUGCUCCCGAUGCCCAGAACAACCCCACCAAUAAGCCCUUCAUAAUUCACAUCAAAGAAGGAGUUUAUAAAGAGUACGUGACGGUCGAUAAAACCAAAGCAAAUGUUAUGUUCAUCGGCGAUGGCGCCACGAAGACUAAGAUCACCGGCAACAAGAACUUCAUCGACGGAGUCAACACCAUGAACACAGCCACAGUCGCCAUUUUGGGACCCAAUUUCAUCGCCAAGGACAUGGGAUUCGAGAACAGCGCCGGAGCUGAGAAGCACCAAGCGGUGGCACUGCGUGUUCAAGCUGACAGCGCGAUCUUCUACAACUGCCAAAUGGAUGGCUACCAGGACACUCUCUACGCCCACGCCCAUCGGCAAUACUACCGAGACUGCACCAUCACCGGCACCAUAGACUACAUCUUCGGUGACGCAGCGGCCAUCUUCCAGAAUUGCAGGUUGAUAUUCAGGAAACCAAUGGCGAACCAAGCCGUGAUCAUUACAGCCCAAGGAAGAGCCGAUAAGAACGCAGUGACAGGAUUCGUUCUCCAGAACUGCGUAAUCGGCGGAGAGCCAGAUUACGUGGCGGUGAAGGAUCAAAACAAGGGUUACCUGGGAAGGCCCUGGAAGGAGUUCGCGAGAACAUUAUACUUGCAAUCAGAGAUCGGAGAUGUGAUUCAGCCUGAGGGGUGGAUGCCAUGGCAAGGAGACUUUGCUCUGAACACUUGCUGGUACGCUGAAUUUGGCAACAGUGGCCCUGGUUCUGACACCGCAAGGAGAGUUACAUGGCCUGGUAUUCAGAAAAUCAAUGCUCAGCAAGCUGAAGGUUUCACCCUCGCGAAGUUCAUCGGGGUUGACUGGAUUCAGAACAAGAAUGUGCCCUUCACUGCUGGAAUGGAGACCGCUUAAGCCCAGGGAUGGCUUCAUAAUCAUAUACAUUCAUACAUACAAAAAAAUUUUUUACCAAUGUUUAUCAUUGAAACAGAUAUUCAAUUUAUUCUUGUAAUUUUUUGUAUUAAUGUUGAGAGAAAGGUUACCUAACUUUUUUCUUCAGAUAAAUAAAGACAAAAUUUUAUCUUGAGAAGCU